AUGGCGGCCGUAUCGUCCGCUAAUGCAGCAGCAAGCCUGGCGCUUUCAAAGACGAGCGGAUCGGUUGCCACAUGGGGUGCAGAGUCACGCAUUACUAACAUCGCUGCAAACAACGUGCUUCACUUGCCAUCGAGAGCCUUCUGCACAGCGUUUUCCGCGGGGCCUUCCGCUAAGCGAUCGCACAUCGUCGUUGUGGGCUUCGCCUCCCCCUCCCACCGAUCGCCCGCAACUUCGCCCAGCGAUGAUUCCUCACUCCCUUCAUUCGCCAGCGAUCGCACGCUAUUUCUCACGAGUCCUCUUUCUGCGUCGUCUACGCACGGAUCUAAACUGACGCCUUUCGCAGCCGACGGCAACGCGACGACGGAAACCGGCGGCGGCGGCGGAAACGGCGCUUCCGGCGGCUCCAGCGGCGGCGGAGGCGGCGGCGGAGGUGGCGGGGACGGCAGCGGUAAUGGCGGGGAUAGCGACAGCGAGAAGAACCGCGCGGACGCAUUGGCCGCGCUCGCCGCACUUGGGCGCACCGUGCAGUCCCUCCCCGCGGAUCUCGCGGACGCGAUUAUGGCGGGAAGAAUCCCGGGCAUUAUCGUGGAGCGAUUCGCGGCGCUGGAGAAAUCGCCUCUGCUGAAGCACUUGCUGCGGUUCGACGGGUUCAAGGAGCGUCUGCUGGCUGACGAUCUGUUUAUGACCAAAGUGGGGAUCGAAUGCGGCGUGGGCCUUUUCACCAAGACGGGAGCGGAGUACGAGAAGCGCCGAGAAAAUUUCUUCAAGGAGCUCGACUUUGUCGUUGCUGACGUGAUCAUGGCGCUGGUGGCGGACUUCAUGCUGGUGUGGCUGCCCGCGCCCACCGUCGCCCUCCGCGCGCCUCUCGCCAGCAACGCCGGCAAAUUCGCGCUCUUCCUCUCCAAGUGCCCUGACAACGCCUUCCAAGUGGCUCUGCGCGGAACGAGCUACUCUCUGCUCCAGCGAGUGGGCGCCAUUGUCCGCAAUGGCGCCAAGCUGCUAGGAGUGGGAACUGUGGCGUCUCUGUUCGGCUGUGGCAUGACCAAUGCGCUCAUCAUCGCGCGCAAGUCCCUGGCGGCGAAGCAAGCAGCAGCAGACGGCAGUGCUGUGGAGGCCAGUGCGCAGCAGCACGAGGGGGAGGAGACCAAGGUGCCGAUCCUCGCAACCAGUGUGGCCUAUGGCGUCUACAUGGCCGUGUCCAGCAACCUCAGAUAUCAAAUUCUGGCAGGAAUAGUGGAGCAGCGUAUGCUAGAGCCCAUGCUGCACAACAAGAAGCUGCUGCUCUCUGUGCUGUCCUUUGCUGUCCGCACUGGCAACACUUUCCUUGGCUCCCUGCUAUGGGUGGAUUACGCCCGAUGGGCGUCGAGAUUGCGGCGAGCCGAGGGAAAACGCCGCGCGAGAGCGGAAGGGGUGGGCGGAACAGGCGGAGCAGGGGGAGGCGGAAUGCCGGGGGAAAAGGAACAGGGCGCGGGGGCAGUGUUGGCGGAUUUGCGCCCUCCUCUUCCCCCGCUUCAGCUUCUGCAGCUCUCACCCCCCUCCCACGCUUCCCCGCUUCCUUUCUCCUCGAGCCUCUCCCCCGCGCCUCCCGCGCUCCUUUCUCCCCACGCACCUUCCCCUCCCGCGCACCUGGUCCUCCCCCCAGGUGCAUGUGUUCUUCCGCCAUGGCGCCCGAGCGCCCCUGCCCCACAGCAAGGCGUGUGGAUCGUCCCUGCUGCACGCCUUCCCCACCACCUCCCCCUCCGCACCACCCCCUCCGCGCCUCCCCCCCGCGCCUCCCCCUCCCCCCGCUCCCCCCAGGUGCAUGUGUUCUUCCGCCAUGGCGCCCGAGUACCCCUGCCCCACAGCAAGGCGCGUGUGCUGGGGAGCAGGACAGGGGGGAAGGGGGGAAACGAAAAGGGGAAGGAAAAGGGGGAGAGGGCGGGGCAGGGGAAAGGGAAGGGGAGGGGAAACGGGAAUGGGUCAAGGGGAGGGAGUGAGGAAAACGGGGAAGGGAAGCAGCAAGGGCCGGGGAAACAGCAAGGAUUGGGGGAGGAGCUCUUUAAAGGGCAGGAGGGGAGCAGAGGGGAGGGGAACAAAGAGGAGGGGAACAGAGGGGAGGGGAACAAAGAGGAGGGGAACAGAGGGGAGGGGAACAAAGAGGAGGGGAGUGAAGAGCAGGGGAGGGAGUGGGAAGGGUUCCCUGGGGUGGGGGUAUGGGAGAGCAGGGCAGUGAGAGCAUCGGAUAUGGCAGGGCUGCCAGAGAGGAGUCACACGCGGGGUGUGGAAGGCUGGCCGUUUGGACAGCUCACGCAAACAGGAGCACGAGAGGCAGAGGAGUUAGGCAGGCGACUCAGGAAGGUGUAUGGUGCAGCAUUGCUAGAGGGGCUGGUGGGAAGCGGUGGGGGAGAGAGAGGAGACGAAGCAGGAGGAGGAGCAGAAAGGGGAGUGGGGAGUGGGGAGGGAGUAAGAGGAGGAGGGGGAGGGGGGGGAGUAAUAGAUUCUAGGGAGCACCAAGACAGAGGGGUGAAUGGAGAGGGGCUGAGGGAUGGGCACACAAGGGAGGAGGAGGAGGUGCUGGCAUCAGUGAUUUGCGUCCGAUCCACCAACUUUCCACGGACCUACCACUCAGGUCCUCCUCAGGCGCUUCCCAGGUGUUUCCCAGGUGCUUUCCAGGAGGCGGCAGCUGCAGCGUGUGGGGGGAUGGAGAUUCGCGAGGACGAGCAAGAGACGCUCAUCGACUCGGGGCGAUGUGCACGGUAA